AUGCUCGGUAUGGGGAUCAGCGGGGCUGACAGUCCAUCAUCAUCAUCAUCAUCAUCAUCAUCAUCAUCAUCAUCAUCAUCAUCAUCAUCAUCAUCAUCAUCAUCAUCAUCAUCAUCAUCAUCAUCAUCAUCAUCAUCAUCAUCAUCAUCAUCAUCAUCAUCAUCAUCAUCAUCAUCAUCAUCAUCAUCAUCAUCAUCAUCAUCAUCAUCAUCAUCAUCAUCAUCAUCAUCAUCAUCAUCAUCAUCAUCAUCAUCAUCAUCAUCAUCAUCAUCAUCAUCAUCAUCAUCAUCAUCAUCAUCAUCAUCAUCAUCAUCAUCAUCAUCAUCAUCAUCAUCAUCAUCAUCAUCAUCAUCAUCAUCAUCAUCAUCAUCAUCAUCAUCAUCAUCAUCAUCAUCAUCAUCAUCAUCAUCAUCAUCAUCAUCAUCAUCAUCAUCAUCAUCAUCAUCAUCAUAUAUAUAUAUAUAUAUAUAUAUAUAUAUAUCACGUCAUAUCUUUCAUGUUUGCUUAUAUUAG